CCGGUCAAGGAAAAAAUUGAGGGACAUUCCGGAAUUUACGUCAAAACGAAUCGUUUGUAUCGACGAUCGAUGAGUGUGCGAGAAUAUCGUGCACUUGCCAAAAGGAUGCCUGGCCCAAAGGUGUAUGGUGCUGACACACCGGGUUCGAUAUGUGACAAAGAUCUUGCGGAAUUCAACAUGAAUAAUCUGGGCACGGUGCUCGAUUUGCUCGAUGAAAGUGGAGUGAAAAUCAAAGGCGUGAAUACUGUCUAUUUAUAUUUUGGUAUGUGGAAGGCAACAUUUCCGUGGCAUCCCGAAGAUAUGGAUCUUUAUUCCAUCAAUUAUGUGCACUUUGGUGAACCAAAGGUUAGCGACGAAACGCUAUUUUUUUGCUCCCGUCUCGCUUCAUACACUUUUUUCUUGAUAAAAUAG